CAGCGACAAGGAAAAGGGUGCAUCACUUUCAAGUUGAAUCGAAGAAAUAAAGUUUUGUUGGGAUAUACUUUUCUUCUGUCGAUUGUUGGUGCUAUAUCAUCUUUUAAUAUCUCUCUCUCUCUCACACACACACACACGCAGAGAGAGCGGAGUAAUGGGUGUUCUGGAUCAUAUCUCUAACGUAUUUGAUUGCUCUGAUGGCGGUUCCCACGCCCACCACAGGAAACGCAAGCAAUUGCAGACGGUGGACAUAAAGGUGAGGAUUGACUGUGAAGGAUGCGAGAGGAAGGUGAGAAGAGCCGUGGAGGGAAUGAAAGGUGUGCAGUCGGUGGAGAUUACCCCGAAGCAGAACAAACUCACGGUCGUCGGAUAUGUGGAGCCCCACAAGGUGGUGUCCCGCGUGGCUCAUCGGACGGGCAAGAAGGCGGAGAUCUGGCCCUACGUCCCGUACGACGUCGUUGCGCAUCCCUACGCUGCUGGCGUCUAUGACAAGAAAGCCCCUUCUGGGUACGUGCGAAAUUCUGAGGACGGACAUAACUAUCAGCUCGGGCGUGCCAGCUCCACCGAAGUGCGCUACACCACUGCCUUCAGUGAUGAAAAUACUAAUGCAUGUGUCGUCAUGUGAUGUGUGUAUAUAUAUAUAUAUAUCAUAUAUUAUACUAUCAUUAUGUAGUGCUUUUCUUCGGACUUGAUCUCUCGUUCUUCUUAUCUCUAUUUGUAGAUUGUGUGUUGAGACUUGAGACUGUUGAUUUUUUUCUUUUUAAAAAAUUUAUGUAGUUUUUUUUUUUUUUUUUUAAUGGGUAAUUGAAAAUUUAUAGUUUUGAAUCU